GGUCGCCAUCCCUAAUUAUAAUUUUUGUUUUUGAAAAUGAGAGCAUUGAUUGAUUUGAUUCAUUGAUUUAUAAAACAGGUUGAAACCAAUAAAUAAGACCGGCCGGUAUCGGUAUCAUUAUAAUUAUAUUUAUAUCUGUGAUCGGUAUCUUCAUGACGGUAUUCCUAAUAUCCUGUUAACUGUAGUUACCCUACGGACAAUUUAAUAAAUCUGCUCUAUUCAUUGUGUGCCCGAGUUAUCGAAAACAUACAGUAUGUUGAAUUAUUUACCAGACAACGUUCGUUUAGACGUAAUUAGUUCACUGCCACAUAGUAUUAUUAAUGAAAUCUCCUGUUUCGUUUACUACGAUAAGCAUCCAAGAGAUUCCAAGUGCAUCGAUAUUAUAGUUUGUACAAAAAAUGGAGAAGUAAAAGAGUUCUACCGACGUGAAUUAGUCGGCGACCUUAAUAUCGGAACAAAAGCUACAGAUAUUUAUAUCAAGAGGAACAGUGAAUGCGAACUCUUUUAUGUGAUCAUAGCUGAUGAUAACAUUUUAAUAUUAUCCAGAAAAGACAAGCCAAAAGUUCACCAUAAGAUUGAAAAUGUAGAUAGGUAUGAAAUAGAAGAUUCGCUUUGCCGUGGUCAAGCUCGUUUAAUAGUAAUUCGAAAAAAUGAUGCUGUUCCUUUAAUUUUUGAUGAAAAGUUUGAAAUGUUGGGUGAUAAAGCUUGUCUUUUGUCUCAUCUUAGAGUUGAAGAAGGAUCAUCAACUGUAGUGACGGAUCUUAAACGGAAAUUAAUUGAAGCUAAACACACUGUCAAAUGUAAUGAGAAUAUUUAUAAGGAAUAUCAGAAUUUGAGACAACUGGCUGCUUUUUCUAUGUAUAAAAAAAUUCACCCUAACUUGGAAGAAUCUGUGUUCAAAAGUGGCAAUAAAGAAAUGGCUGGAGCAUUGAAAAUAAAAACACAUAAUCCUUAUAUAAAGCUGUGCAAUAACAAAGUAGUUAUUAUUUUGAACAUAUUUAAUGAAAACGAGCAGCCUUUAGAAGAAGUCCACCUGCUGCUUCAUAUCAAAAGCAAACCUUCAAUUGUUUACAAAACUAAAUUGUUCGUAAAACUCCCAAUAUCUCCUCAUUGGAAUGAGAGGUAUGACUUUAUGAUUGAGGAAGCAGAAACAGCGGUUGUUGCAAUUGUUGAUUUUUAUGAUUUAAAAGAUAUGGUUGUGAGCCAAGUGGAGUUCAGUGGAGUGAUGGUGUACCAGAGAGCUGGGAACAGUCAUGUAUUGCCAUUUGAUACUGUUUCUAUAUCGAUGAAUGACAUGAUGGGCAAAGAUUUUGAUCUCUUAUCCACUGAAGUUAUAGAUGAGCAUGUUAUCCUUGCAUUGCUUGCUACAACGGAAAGAACAGAUCUCAAACUAAGGUAUAUAAGGGACAGAGACGAGACAGAGUUGCAAUUGCACAUACCUGCAGUAUUAGCCUCGCAUCUGAAUAUGAAACUGUAUGAGGACAACGUCAUUGCAUUUAGGAAUUCACCGUAUCACCCUUUGAAUGGGAUCACAUGUAUUUUUUCAGAUCCCAGAGAUCCUAUGGAGAGUUGUUAUUAUAUGUCCAUUUAUUCAAGGUUUCCAUCUCAAGUCCUCCUAUUCAAUCACAUCGUCCACGAUUCUGUGCCUUAUAAGAUUAUCAUCACUGGUGUGAACUACAAAGUUGUAGCCAAAACUUAUCAGUUUACGGAAUACAAUGAAGAAUUGGCCUCUUUUCCUCCAGAAUUAGACUACACAGACUAUGCAUACGCCUUGGUAAAUCAAACUGCUUUGAUCAAAGAUCAUCUAGAUGCAUGCCUCGUCCAUAUGAAUAAAAGCAGAGAUCCGGAAGUACUAAGCAAAAUAGGUACUGAGAUAGAUCUGUAUGCUGCAGGUACAUCUACUUAUCAAGAACUUAGAAAAGAAUUGUUGGUAGAAGGGACUAGAGGCAUUAAAUAUUUAUGUAACAAAAGUUUUUUAGACCAUGAAAGUGAAGAAUUGUAAAUAUAAAUUAUUUUGAGAAACAUAUGAAUAUAUUUAAAUAUUUUUUGUAAUUUGUUAGCAAGGAAUAUGGAAUAUCCUUGUAAUUUUUAUUUGAACUCGACAUCCAAACAUAUAUAUCUAGUUCACCUGAUUGAAAAUAAAUUGGUGAUGAAUGUAAUAAUGUAAGCUAAACUUUGUUCAAAUUGGUAUAAUCAUUGAAAUCACGUUGAUAUAGUGUUGUCAAAAGUUCUGCAUGCCAUAAAUAAAACUAAUAUAUGUAAUAAAUAAAAAAGAAUGUUUCAAGUA